AUGGCUCUGAAUAAAGGAGAUAUGACUCUUGCUCCAAAGGAUUCAAUCAUCUUUAACUUCCUUAACAGUGAUAAUGAGAAAAAGCCAUCAGGCCUUGGCGCUAAACCUACACCAAAACCAAAUACAUUGUCAAAAGUACCUGUAACUCAAGCGGCACCUAAACAAAAACAAGAUACAAAAGAAGAAAAAAGUCACUCAAUUAGAAUUCCUGAUUUUGAAGAAAUCAAAUUAUCAGGAAUCGAUUUUUCAAAAUUCCAAGCAGAAAAGAAAGACACAGUCUCCAAAUAA